AUGUCGCACUCGUCCUCGCAAUCAACCAACAAGAUGCUCAACACGCUCCCCAAACCAACACGCGACCUGACCGAACUGGCAAAAGAGGAAAGGAGUUUCACCUUCAAUCACUUUACAUGCGAGCAUGCCUGGGUCAUUGGAAAUAUCCUCCGAAACGCGUUAAGAACCGCCGAAUGCCCCGCGCUUAUCCAGAUCUCGUCUGCGAAUCAGACGCUGUUCCACUCGCCGAGUUUGCCUGGCAUAAUGCCCGAUCACGAGAAGUGGUCGGAGAGGAAGCGCAACACUGUGCUGAGAUGGGGACAUUCUACCUGGUUCAUGAGUUGUCAAUUCGAAGGAGACUACAAAAGGUUCGCCGAGCACAAUGCCAUGAGCGGCGACGAGUGGUCAAGAUACACCAUUGAAGGUGGCGGAUACCCUGUCUUUGUCAAGGGCGUGGAAGGUGUUGUUGGUGCAAUUGUUGUGGUCGGUCUCGGCGUAGACAGUGAGCAGGCGCAUGGCGUCGUCGUCAAAGCAGUUGAGGAAUACAAGGACCUCCGGGAAGGCUUCCGGAGUCCAAUGAGGAGCAUGACAGUGAAAUGA